UGCAGUCGGGGAGAGACAAGCCCUUGUGCUUGGUUAUGGGCUCCUGCAUCUCCCUGCAGGGCCACCCGUCUAAAGCGCUGCAAGGACGGGCAAUGCCAGUGGAAUACGUCAUGUACCAGGGCAUCAAGUUCCCCCCUGCGUACAACUCUGAGCAGAGCCUGCACUUUGCCCACCGGGAGUUCCAGGUGCAGGAUGACGACGUCUUCAACGUCACCUACCCCAAAUCAGGCACCGUGUGGAUGACUGAGAUCUUGAGUCUGAUCUGCAGAACCGUCCUCAACUCCACCCGCAUGCCCUGGUUCACCACCCGCCUGGGGCUGGAGGCUGCACUGAACUACCCCCCACCCCGCCUGCUGACCUGCCACCUCCCCAUCCAGCUCUUCCCCACCUCUUUCUUCGGCUCCAGGGCCAAGGUGAUCUACACGCUCCGCAACCCUAAGGACGUCCUGGUCUCCUACUUCUAUUUCUCCAAGAUGUGCAGCUCGUACGAGGACCCCGAGUCCUUCGAGCAGUUCUUGGGGGACUUUCUGAGCGGGGACGUGCCCCAUGGGUCCUGGUUUAACCAUGUGAGAGGCUGGAUGGAAAUGAAGGGCAAGGACAAUUUCUUCUUCACGACGUACGAAGAGCUGCAGCAGGACCUGCGGGGCAGUGUGCAGCGACUCUGCCAGUUCCUGGGGCAGGCGCUGGAUGAGGGAGCCCUCACGGCAGUGGUGGAGAACGCCUCCUUCAGGACCAUGCGGGAGAACCAGAUGUGCAACUCGACACUGCUCCCCGCGGACAUCAUGGAUCAGGAGAAGGGCACCUUCCUGAGGAAGGGCAUCUGUGGGGACUGGAAGAACCAUUUCACAGCGGCGCAGAGCAAGGCCUUCGACGGGAUCUACCGGGACCGCAUGGGAGGCCUCCUGGGGGCGUUCCCCUGGGAUGCGCCCUGGGAUUGAACAGUGGGAAUAAAGCAUCCAGGAGACCACGAGGAGCCAGGGCUGAGUUGCUGGGAGUGGCUGGCUGCCGUGGUUCACACAGCCUAUGGGAGGGAAUGGCUCCGGCCUGGCAGGAUGGACCAGGCUGAGGAGCGUUGCCUGGCUUGGGCAUUUCAUGCCAGUGCUACCUGCCAUGCCCUUGCCCUCCCUCCCACCAGGUUCCAUAAUCAGCCUGGCCUCUUAUUGCCACAGGGAGCACCUCCAGGGUCAGCCUCCAGCCACUGCAGCUCGCUCCCUCGGCCUGUGACACCUCCCUGAACCUUACCGGCACCGCUCUACAGACUGAGGUGCAUGUUCUGGGAGUGAGGUGUUGUGUCAUCGUCUGCCCUGGAACUCUGGGUGCCUUAAAUGCUCUGCUGCUGGGCUCACAGCCUGACACCCAUAGCCUCCGACAAGCCCACAGAGCCCUGUGUGCGCCAGCCUGUGGCUUCCUUCUUCCCUCCAGAGCUGAGUUUCCCCCAGCCAGGCUUUUCGCAGGAGUACGAGGUGCAGGCUUCCUGUCUCCUCCUUGCUGGCAGGGCCCAUCCCACUUAGCUCUGACUCCUGCACUCCCCACACCGCCAGCCCCCUGCCCUGAAGGACCCGAGCAAGGCCAAGUAAGUCUUCUAGUAAAAUAUUACAGCUUCAAAAGAGAAGCAAUGUUUUGGUAAGAGAGUGAAGGAGAGAGGUACAGAUUGGCCUUUCUCACCCUCGUUGUCUGAAGAAACAGUUCAGCAUUCAGUAACUAAAGGGUUCACCCUGGAAAGUGGGUGACCAGGAAGUGUUGGCAGGUAGCCAGGAGAACCAAUGGGAAGAACGUGUUAGAGUUGGCUUGAAAGGGAAUCUGCCUGCUGCUUUUCCUUUGGGCAUUCAAACCAAGAACUGGGGGGAAGGGAGAUGAAUACCCAUGCCUAGAAAUGGACUAGACUUUGGAAGUACAAACAUGUGAGUAGAUAGGGAAUGUUUAUAGUUCGACACAAUUUUCUUUGUUUUGGUGUUUAGUUAACCCCCCCUUACGCUGUAACUAAAACUGAAUCCCAGGGAAGCAAUUCUCUGUGUUUUAAUCUAUUCUUUUCUCAGCUGCUCUAUAACACCUAGCAAUGAAGUAUCCUUUAUCAAGAAUAUCUUUUUGUUUUGUUAAUAAGAACACCCUUUUAAAGACUAUGAUCUGAUUCUUGUGUCCUGGAAAGUAAUAGGAGGUCGGUGAGUGCAUGACUAAGACUGAGAGGUCAGCUAUCAGAGAUUAUUGGGUUUUUUUCAAGUGGUAGCAGAGCUUGGGGUACUCCUCUGAAGAAGUUCCCAGGUGGGUAGUUCCUGGGUUCCGAAAGAAAGAGGUUUUGCACUUGGGGU